UGGCUCAUGAAGGAGAAAGAGGAACACACCAGUCCAUGCUGGACAAGAAUGACACCACCUUCCAGCCUCUGCCUGCUUCUGCUCGGAGCUCUAGGCAUUGCUUCACUUGGCCGCUUCACAAAAGGUCAGAACGGCACACUGAUUCCCACAAAGGGAAAUAAUCGGAACUGCAGCUGCCCUGUGGACAUCAGGGACUGUGACUACAGUUUGGCCAACUUGAUGUGCAGCUGCAAAUCUGUCCUUCCUCUUGAUGUGGAGCAAACCAGCUCAGGCCAUCUGGCCAUCUGGUUCACAGACACAUCCACUUUGAGUCACUUGCUGAAGUUCACUCUAGUCCACGACUUGAAGCUUUCCUUGUGUGGUUCCUACACCCUCCCCACCAUGUACCUGGCUAUCUGUGGGCUGAAGAGGCUUCGCAUCAGUGCCGAGGACAAGCAUUCCUCCUGGGAGCAGAGCUUGCUCAUCCACAACAGAGGGAAGGCAGGCUUGUACAGAGGCUGGCAAACAUAUGCGUCCAUCUCAUUCUUAGAUGUGGCUCUUUUAAAGUCGUACAGCAUUGAUAGCGCUUCUGGCCUUGCCAGUGCCUUUCCUGGUUUUUCUUGCUUUAAAAUUCCCGUGCUAAACAACAAGAGCUACGCUGUCACGGUUAUUUACUAG